AUGAGCAGUGCAGGUGGUGUGAUCAGGCGAGUGGGAAGGAGGAAGGAGAGGAAACUCAAUAGGGGCGACCAGUGGACAGGUAAGUUUUCUGCGGCUUUAAGCCUCCGCUUUUGUCGGAGAAGACAAACUGUGCAGUACCUUAUUUUCCACUCACGUGUGAAUUGCUUUACUUCUCUUCCUCUUUCUGCCCGCCUAACUGAACUCUUCUUUUGCCAGGCGGAGAGGGAGAACCCCGGUCUGACUCAGGACAUCAUAAUGAAGAUCUUGGAGAAAAAGAAUGUCCAAAUCAACUUCACCGAGUCCCUACUGCGCAUGGCAGCUGAUGAUGUGGAAGAGUUCAUGAUUGACCGGCCUGAGCAGGAGUUCCUGGACCUAAAUGACAAGGCCAGAGCUCUGAAACACAUCCUCAGCAAAAUCCCCGAUGAGAUCAAUGACAGAGUACGCUUCCUACAGACUAUCAAAGACAUAGCCAGCGCUAUAAAAGAGCUCCUGGAUACAGUCAACAAUGUCAUUAAGAAAUAUCAGUACCAGAAUCGCAGAGCCCUGGAGCACCAGAAAAAGGAGUUUGUGAAAUACUCCAAAAGUUUCAGCGACACCCUCAAAACAUACUUCAAAGAUGGAAAGGCGAUAAAUGUCUUCAUCAGUGCAAACCGACUCAUCCACCAAACCAACCUCAUACUGCAGACCUUCAAAACCGUGGCCUAGCCCCUCAAGAGACCACAGAGCCCCCCUCCCUGUCCUGUGGGGAGCAACUACUAGAAUGGUGGAAGCUUGAAGAGCGCCUGACCCAUAUAUGUAAAUUAGAAAGAGUUGAUUUUAGGGUUGGGGGAUCGAUUCCAUUGAAGUCGAUAUUCUAGAUUCCAGUUCAAGAGACUGAAAAGUGCCAUUUGUUUUUUCAAUGAGGAUUUUCCAGUCUUGAAAUGGAACUGAAUGGGGCCCAAAGUCUUGGUUGAUUGAUUUUAUUUGGACAGUUUUAAUUUAUAACCCUGGUCUUGUUUGGGAGUAGGUGAGGCGAGGUGUUUAUUAAGGACUAAUUGCCAUUUUUCUAAUAUAUUGAUCAUUUUACUUUUAGCUUUUCAAUCACGGCUACACAUCUCAGACCGCAUUCAGUAGGGGUGUGUCUCGGUCGUCUAUACUGGUUUUCUCUUCUCGGCUCCUAUUUGUGUCAUUUUGCCAUGGUCUGUACGCGCAGGAUCAGGAUCUAGCUGCAAGGAGGAAGCAGUGUUGGACAUUUGAGAGGCAGACUCAGAUUUUGUUUCUCUUUAUUAUCAGAAGACAGAAAGCCAAAUGACUUCCAGCACAGUGUGCGCCUUACCAAGUCCUGUAACAUUCCCUCCUCUCAGUGUAAUGAAGUGGAGCCAGUCCCUGCUGUUGGGGGAUGUAAAGAGAGCAUUGAAAGUUCUGUAUUUAACUGAUAUCUGGUUGCAAAUGUUCAAUAAAUAGUUUCCAAAUGAU